GUGUGAGAGAGAGAGAGAGAGAGAGAAAGAGAGAUCCAACACCCUAAACUUCUAGGAACAAAAGUAAAGUAAAGGCAGCAGCAGCAGCAGCAGCAGUUUUCCGCCUGAUCAGGAGCAUCAUCUCACCAUGCCGGUGUUCCACACUAAGACCAUAGAGAGCAUCCUGGAGCCUGUGGCCCAGCAGAUCUCUCACCUGGUCAUCAUGCAUGAGGAGGGCGAAGUGGACGGGAAGGCGAUCCCGGAUCUGUGCGCUCCUGUGGCGGCGGUGCAGGCAGCAGUCAGUAACCUGGUCCGGGUGGGGAAGGAUACGGUGCAGACUACAGAGGAUGCCAUCAUGAAGAGAGACAUGCCUCCUGCAUUCAUAAAAGUGGAGAAUGCAUGCACUAAGCUGGUCCAGGCGGCUCAGAUGCUGAAGUCCGACCCGUACUCCGUCCCCGCUCGGGAUUAUCUCAUCGACGGCUCACGUGGUAUUUUAUCAGGAACCUCAGACCUUCUGCUCACCUUUGAUGAGGCUGAGGUGCGUAAAAUCAUCCGUGUGUGUAAAGGUAUUUUGGAGUAUCUGACCGUGGCUGAAGUGGUGGAGAGCAUGGAGGAUCUGAUCACAUACACCAAGAACCUCGGGCCAGGCAUGACGAAGAUGGCGAAGAUGAUUGACGAGCGGCAGCAGGAGCUGACUCACCAGGAGCACCGCGUCAUGCUCGUUAACUCCAUGAACACGGUGAAGGAGCUGCUGCCUGUCCUCAUCUCAGGAAUAAAGAUCUUUGUUACGACAAAGACAGCUCAGAGUGCAGGCAUAGAUGAGGCCGUGAAGAACAGGAACUUCACUGUGGAAAAGAUGAGCGCAGAGAUCAAUGAGAUCAUCCGAGUGCUCCAGCUCACAUCCUGGGAUGAAGAUGCCUGGGCCAGCAAGGACACGGAGACGAUGAAGCGAGCGCUGGCACUCAUCGACUCGAAAAUGGCUCAGGCAAAGAACUGGCUUAAGGAUCCCAAUGCACAGCCUGGAGAUGCAGGUGAACAGGCUGUCAGGCAGAUCCUGGAUGAAGCAGGGAAGGUGGGUGAACUGUGUGUGGGUAAUGAGAGGAAAGAGAUUCUGGACACAGCCAAAGUCCUCGGACACCUGACUGACCAGGUCGCAGAUCUGCGUUCCAGGGGUUCUGGUACGAGUCCUGUGGCCAUUCAGAAAGCACAGCAGGUUGCUCAGGGGCUUGACAUGUUGUCUGGGAAGGUAGCGAAUGCAGCAGAUAAACUGGAGGCCAUGACCAAUGCCAAACACACACUCGCCAAGAAAGCAGAGGCAGCACAGGCCUGGCUAGCUGAUCCCACCUCCGGCCCUGAGGGGGAGGAGCAUGUGAAGGCCGUUCUCGCCGAGGCUCAGAAUAUUGCAGCUCUUUGUGAGGAUCCUCGUGAAUAUGACGACAUUCUCCGCAAUGUGAAUGAAAUUGCCGCUCUCACAGGCAAACUGUCCCAACUCCGCAAAGCGGGUAAAGGUGAUACCCCCGAGGCUCGUGCCCUGGCUAAGCAGAUCGCCACAGCUCUGCAGAAUUUACAGUCUAAAACAAACCGCGCCGUAGCAAACACUCGUCCAGCCAAAGCGGCAGUUCACCUGGAGGGUAAGAUGGAGCAGGCGCAGCGCUGGAUAGACAACCCCACCAUGGAGGAUGGAGGAGUGGGUCAGGCUGCAAUUCGUGGGCUGGUUGCCGAAGGGCGUCGCCUUGCUAACGUCUUACCUGGCUCUCAGAGGGCGGAGCUUAUGGGGAAGUGUGAGCAGGUGGAGCAUCUGAUGGGUCAACUGGCUGAACUGAGCGCUCGAGGACAAGCAGAUAGUCCACAAGCACAAGCUCUCGCUCAGCAGCUCCAACACGCACUCAAAGACCUUAAAGGUAAAAUGCAGGAGGCCAUGACACAGGAAGUGUCCGACAUCUUCAGUGACACAACAACACCAGUAAAACUGCUGGCUGUAGCUGCCACUGCUCCACCAGGCACGCCUAACAGAGAUGGGGUGUUUGAGGAGCGAGCAGCAGGGUUUGAGACUCACGCUGCGAGACUCGGUGCAACAGCAGAUAAAGCAGCAGCAGUAGGAGCAGCCAAUCGCAGUACAGUGGAGGGAAUCCAUGCUGCUGUCAAGUCCGCCAGAGAUCUCACACCUCAGGUGGUAUCUGCUGCUCGUAUCCUACUGAAGAACCCUGGGAACCAGGCUGCUCAUGAUCACUUUGAGACCAUGAAGAACCAGUGGAUCGACAAUGUGGAGAAAAUGACCACUCUGGUGGAUGAAGCGAUAGACACUAAGUCUCUGUUGGAUGCAUCAGAGGAGGCCAUUAAACACGACCUGGAGAAGUGUCAUGUGGCCAUGACCAAUCACCAGCCUCAGAUGCUGGUUGCCGGGGCGACGAGCAUAGCGCGCAGGGCCAACCGCAUCGUGCUAGUGGCGAAGCGAGAGGUGGAAAACUCUGAGGAGCCCAAGUUCAGGGAGACGCUGAGGGAAGCAGCCAACGAGCUCAGUGCCUCUAUAUCACCCAUGGUGAUGGGGGCAAAGAGUGUGGCCAAUAAUAUACAGGACCCAACUCUACAGAAAGGCUUUAUGGACUCUGGUUACAGGAUUUUGGCGUCAGUAGCUAAAGUUCGUGAAGCGUUUCAGCCUCAGGAGCCUGAUUUCCCUCCUCCUCCUCCUCCAGACCUCCAUCAGCUCAGCAUUAAUGAUGAGGGUGCUCCCCCAAAGCCCCCCCUGCCUGAGGGUGAAGUCCCGCCCCCACGGCCGCCGCCCCCUGAGGAGAAAGAUGAGGAGUUUCCUGAGCAGAGAGCCGGAGAGAUGGUCAGCGAACCCAUGAUGGUGGCAGCGCGGCAGCUUCACGAUGAGGCUCGCAAGUGGUCCAGCAAGGGUAAUGACAUCAUAGGUGCAGCUAAGCGCAUGGCCCUGCUGAUGGCAGAAAUGUCUCGGCUGGUACGAGGAGGAAGCGGAAACAAGCGUGCGCUCAUCCAGUGUGCUAAAGACAUCGCCAAGGCUUCAGAUGAGGUGACGAAACUCGCUAAGGAGGUGGCUAAGCAGUGCACAGAUAAACGCAUUCGAACCAACCUGCUGCAGGUGUGUGAGCGCAUCCCCACCAUCAGCACUCAGUUAAAGAUUCUCUCCACGGUGAAGGCCACCAUGUUGGGACGUACCAACAUUAGUGAGGAGGAGUCUGAGCAGGCGACAGAGAUGUUGGUCCACAACGCUCAGAAUCUGAUGCAGUCGGUGAAGGAGACGGUGCGUGAGGCCGAGGCUGCGUCCAUCAAGAUCCGCACGGAUGCCGGCUUCACGCUGCACUGGGUCCGUAAGACCCCCUGGUACCAGUGAGGAGGGACACACACACACACACACACACACACACACACUCAGUCCCCCUCAGGUCCACACACCCCUCUGAUGAUUGACGGUUCCACUUUCACUCCCUUUUCUAUCAUUUGUAAUAAACUGGUCUUCUUUUGCAGCGAGAUCUCGACUGUAUGUUUUUAUAUUUAAAUCUUUACAUUUAAAGCUGAUGAUUGUUUCUCUUCCUCUGGAUUAAGUUACUGUGUGAAUCCUGUCAUGUGUCUGAAUGUUAUGAAGAUCAUCAGGAUGCAUCAUGACACCGAAUCGAUCACGUUUCCGUAUGAUAAUCUCCCAGUAUUGAAUUUAUUAUGCACUACGUUUAUUUGGAGCUUAGCAGCGUCUCUUUCUCUCUUUUCUUUAUAUAAAGUAUUUUAUACAAAGUACAGAGUUUAAAUACUGAGAAAAACUCCUUUUAUUUCCAAUAAUUUCGCUGUGAAUCGAGUUUUUUUUUAUUUCAGGCUUCUGUUUACAUUUUUUCUGGCCCUAAGUCUAGCUCCGCCCCCUGCUGGACUGAAGCAGCUCUGUUUUUCAACUUGUGAUGCAGCUGUAAGAUAUUAAUUAAUUAUAAGAUUAAUAUACUGCAGAUUAGAAAAAAAACACAAUGUUUUUAAUUUUUUUUUAAAAUUACAAUUUUUUAUUAAAAUAUCUAACUGGGGGCUUCAUGGUUGUGUCCUGAAAUGCAUCUGUAACCAUAGUGAGUGUGUGAGUGAGUGUGUGAGUGAGUGUGUGAGUGAGUGUGUGUGUGAGUGAGUGUGUGAGUGAGUGUGUGAGUGAGUGUGUGAGUGAGUGUGUGAGUGAGUGAGUGUGUGAGUGAGUGUGUGAGUGAGUGUGUGAGUGAGUGUGUGAGUGAGUGAGUGAGUGUGUGAGUGAGUGUGUGAGUGAGUGUGUGAGUGAGUGUGUGAGUGAGUGUGUGAGUGAGUGUGUGAGUGAGUGUGUGAGUGAGUGUGUGAGUGAGUGUGUGAGUGAGUGUGUGAGUGAGUGUGUGAGUGAGUGUGUGAGUGUGUGAGUGAGUGUGUGAGUGAGUGUGUGAGUGAGUGUGUGAGUGAGUGAGUGAGUGUGUGAGUGAGUGAGUGUGUGUGAGCGAGUGAGCGAGCGUGCAGUUCUUAUACCAUCUAGUGGGUCAGUAUUUGGGACACAGCCAUUUUUUAGCUAAAUAAAUAAAAGCAUUAAAUAUAUUUGGAUAUAAAUCUCUCCCCACUGUAAUGUUUAGAUUGAUCAGAGUUAGUGAUAUAGAACUGAAGUUAAAUCUAUUGAUCUUUCCUACAGCUGCUUAUCAACACAGAGACACAGGGCUUCAGUCUCCUGUGCAGAAAAGUGACAUCAUCUUACUUUUAUUUGGAUUCUUUUUUUAUUAUUUCUUAAAAUUGUUCUUAACAAUUUAAUUAUUUUUUAAACGUAACUGUAACUCUAAUAAGCCUUUGGCUUUGUGCUUUAAUUGUGUAUUUAACACACACACACACACACACACACACACACACACACACACACACACACACACACACACACUGCUGAUUCUCCUACACACUCACUGAGCUGAACACACUAAUGAACACACUCACAUGUAUAAGUGUGUAAUAGAGUCUAUGCAUUUAUUAUGAAUGUUUGUGGUGAUGAUGAUGAUGAUGAGUGUGAAUGUAAAAAAGAUGUGUGUGAUGUACCGCCCGCUCACGUGCCUUUUAUUAAACCAACACAAAACUUCUCAACACA